GUAGGUGGCGGCAUACACCUCUAAAAUAUGGUUGUCGUCCGCCAAUAAACGGAGAAGAAGAAGAUUAGCCGGAAGUGCUUUACGGGAGUAAGCGAAGGCUAAGCCAUAAGCAUCGCUAACAGUGCAGAAUGAGCCACCAAGCAGACGAGCAAAGACGCAAAGUUGUAGAGGACAACAUGGACAGAGAGGACUUUUUUGACUGCCAAGAGACUUUGGAGCCCCCAGACAGAGGAGAUGAGGACAGGCAACAGGCUGCAGAAGAAACACGUGUGAAAACAGACAGACUUACUGACGCCAGACAUCAGCAAGCAGACGCGGAGACAGGACCAAUUGAAGACAACGAGACUUGGGAGGAUUCAGAUUCCAACUUGAAUGUGGACGCAGGCUGCAGAGGAGAACUCGACGACGAUGACCUGAGGGAGGCGCAAGAGCUGACGGAGGAGGAGAAGGAGAGUCGACGACUGGACAGCUUCACGUUAAAGGAAAAGGGCAACAGGCAGUUUAAGACUGGAGACUGGUUGGCGGCAGAGCAUAGCUACUCGGAGGCAUUGCUUUUGUGUCCGGUGUGUUUCAGCCAAGAGCGAGCGGUGUUGUUCUCCAACAGAGCAGCUGCUAGACUGCACCUGGACCUGAAAGAUGACGGGAUAGCAGACUGCUCCAGAGCGUUGGAGCUCAACCCACACUACAUGAAGGCCUUGCUUCGGAGGGCGGAGCUUUACGAGCAGACUGAGCAGCUGGAAAAGGCCCUGGAGGACUACCAGAAGGUUCUAGAGGAAGACCCCAAGCAGACGGGUGCCAGGCAGGCUUGCAUGAGGUUACCUCAGCAGAUUCACGAGAGAAAUGAGAAGCUGAAGGAGGAAAUGUUAGAUAAAUUGAAGGACCUUGGGAACUUAGUGCUGAGACCCUUUGGCCUUUCAACCAACAACUUCCAGGUGAACCAGGACGCCAACACAGGCUCGUACUCCAUCAACUUUGUCAACAAGCCCAACAACACAUGAUGUCAUCCAUGUUUCAAAAUAAAACUUUCCUAUUGUGUGUAAAAAACAAAAGAAAGAAAGACUUCUUGUGAUUGUGAAUGCUUUAAUUAGAAAGAAUGACGAGAUAUUAACUAGGACUAGAAUUCAACAUCAAUCACUGGGCUCUUCUGGAAAGUAACAUCUCUCGAAUGUUGUCCUCCGCCUCCUUCACGCUGCGUUCAAGGUACACCUUCUUCUGCUGGAAUGAGCAUGCAGUCACUGUCACAUGACUGAAUGAUGACUUAUUCUUACAAUAAACAAGAAGUACCUCCAGCUCUUUGAUUUUCU